AUGAUUCUAUCAAUCGGACUGGCCAUUCUCGCCGUGAUUCUAACAAUUCUUUACCUAUAUUUUUCACGCCCUAUCAAUUAUGUGGUUCGAAUGGGGGAACUGGGGUUUAAUUUGGGGCCCAGUGACUCCAAGGGAACAUAUCGAGAGCGUCAAAUCGAGCGGCUGAAACGUUUGCGAAAAGUCGGCGAACUGCCGCCGGUCUAUCCGAACGGAUGGUUUUGUAUCGCCGAGUCGGGGGAAGUGAAGGCCAAGGAAAUCAAGGCUGUCAUCGUUUUUGGCGAGCAGCUGAGCCUAAUCCGCGCAGAAGAUGGCCAAGUCUAUUUAAUGGAAUCCUAUUGCCCGCAUUUAGGCGCUAAUCUAAAUGUCGGUGGAAAAGUCAUCGACAACAAUUGCGUACAAUGCCCCUUUCACGGUUGGGUAUUUUCGGCGGAUUCCGGGAAAUGCGUACGCAUCCCCUAUGAGAAGGGCUCGAUCCCGGAGCAAGCUAAAAUCUCGACGUGGCCAGUAGUGGAAAAGAAUCGGCACAUUUACGUGUGGUAUCACUGCGAUGGGGAGAUGCCCCAUUGGGAAAUCCCGGAUAUUGACGAGGUGGAGAAUGGGAGCUGGCCAUAUAGGGGACGGACUGAGCACGAGCUGCUAUGCCAUUGCCAAGAAAUCCCGGAAAACGGCGCCGAUUUGGCCCAUCUAAACUAUCUACACCUACAAAUUCCACAGGCAGGAAAUAACGUUAUGGAGUUGAAACUGAACAAAACGGACCCGAUCCUACAUCACUUUUGGGAUGGGGGCUGGGAAGUAAAGAACGGGGAAGACGAGAAACACAUUUCUAUCAUGACCCUACAACAGGUGAUGAAAAUUGGGGAUAAAGAAAUCCCGCUGACUGCCAGUCUUUUAAAGGCUCAUCAGAUCGGGCCCGGAAUCGUCUAUAUGCACUUCGAUUUUGGUUUCUGGGGCCGGGGGAUUGUUUUUCAUCACGUAACGCCCGAGGAACCGCUUUUUCAAAGAGCCCGCUUCGUACUCUACGGAAAUAUUAAUCCGCUCUUUGCACGGUUUUUCAUAAAAUCCGAAGCGUUGCAGUUCGAAAGAGACGUCUAUAUUUGGUCGAACAAGCGCUACGUGAAAAGCCCAUUGCUUUGCCGUAGUGACGGCCCGGUGCAAAAACAUCGGCGAUGGUACGCCCAAUUCUACAGCCAGAAAAGCCCCCGAUUACUGCCGGAUGGAACGGUGACGGGCCAAGUGAAAUCGGUGCUCGAUUGG